CGUGCUUUUCUAUCAAAUUUGCACUAAUUUAGUAAAUUAAGUUUUGAUUGAGUCUUGAACUUUUUAAAUUAAAUCCCAGAUUUGAUCUCGACCCUCAUUCAACGUAUGUUUCGGUUUCAUAUGAGAUUGAUUGAAGAAUUAAAAUGUGAGAUGAACGGAAGUCUGUUUCGAGAAUCCAUGUUUCAAUUUCAAAAAUUUCAUAAUUUCAAGUUUAUUUUUUAAUAUAAUUUUUAAAUCUUUAGAUAGACGCUAGUAGCCUUCUUGUGUCUUUGAGUCUUAAAAUAUUUGAUUGUUUUGAAUCGUCAGUCUUUGAAUUCGUGAAAUCUUGCUAGCGUAAAGUAUUUUUAGAUCCUAUACAUUUUUUUAUAUCUUUGAAUUUUCAAAAAUGUUAAGAGCUCGAAAUAUUUUAAUAUUUGAUACAAAUUUCUUAAAAAUAUUGAAAACUUGAAAUAUUAUAAUAUUCAAUAUUAGAUAUAAAAUAUUAAAUUUUAUAUUUUGAUCAAAAAAUACAAAAUUAUUUCAUUCAAAGCAAUAGUUUCAUUGCAGCGUGAUAAAUCAGUUUUAUUUGAUCAUGAUUUUCCUUGAAAAAGAUGACUUGCAUUUUUAGAAAAAAAAAUUUGAUAACAUUUUUACAGAACACAUAUCAUAAGAAAAUAUCAAAAUUCCAUUCAAUAUAACAUUUAAUAAGUUUUAUUUAAUUCUUUUAUAAACUUUUCAAUUUUAUAAUGUUUCUAACUGAAUAAGUUUAAUUUAUCAAUUUAAAAAAAAUUAUCACUUUUGCAGUUUUGUUGUACUUCUUCCACUUGAAAAAUCGUUACCGCAUGAAACUUAUAUCUUAUAUUGUGCAAAUAUACAUAAUAUGUGUACGUCCAUAUGCACACAAACAAUCGCUAAUAUUUUUUUAAAUAGGAGCGUUUAACUAUCAGUUUUAACGAUUAUUAAUAUAUUAAUUUGCAUUAAUUAAAAACAUGCGACAUCUAAUUAUAAUUUGGCUCGUUCAAAAUUAAAUUAAAUAAUUUAACGAAGGAUCGAUAUAAGUCGCUCGAAUCUUGAGAAUAUCACUUUGACGCUAUCAUACUACCGAUAAUUGCGUGACACAUUAUAUAGCGCGUAUUAUCUUAUACAUCGUACUUGAACGAGUUGUAUUUUAUCAGGCUGAUUUCGUGACGUCUAUAGAUAUAGUAUGUACAAAAAGCGCCUUAUCAGCAGCGGCAGCGGGUGUUACGUGUUACUAUAAAACUGCCGUAUCCGAACUCGUGUAAAUUGCCAUAAUUCUCGGUAAACAAUAAAUCCUCCCAUGCGAUACGCACCCACGACUCGAAAAAAGUCGAGAAAUCAGGGCGUUUAACUUUUACAUUCGUCGGCACAGUCAUCGUUUAUAUAAACACUCAACACGUCUCGAAGCAACUUUCGCUCGAGUUAACGAGAGCAUCGCAUCUCAACAGAAUAGGCUUGCAACAUACGUUAAAGAACGGAUUUGUAAGAAAUUUAGAGGAAAUUGAAAAAGAAUGAAAUUAUACUAUUAUCAAAAAAGAUAUAAAGAGUCUAAAACAUGUAUCUUGUAUUUUUUUUUAUUCUAUAUUAUGAAGAACGUGUUGAUUUAAUUAGAUAAGGUUGUAACGCGUUUUACAAGUCUGCUUUAUCAGGGCUACAAUAGUUCCAUUGAAGAAAAAUCAACCGUUCCGGAGCGUUUGUAUCGCUUAUUUUUUUCGCUUCUGACGUCAUGGCUUGAGAUAACCGGCUGAUAUGACCAGCGGGACGAUUUCCUAAUUAGCGUUAUUCAUCAUCGCCGAAUAUACUCUGCCUUUUUGGAAUCGUGAGUCUUCGAAUUUCACAGACGGAGUAUCCGGUUUUUCAUAUCAGUGUCUUUAUAUCUCUGAAAGUCUUUCUUGUCUGUAGAUCUUUGGAUCUACGCGAUUGUUAUUUUCAAACCGCAAGAGAAGGUUCGCAGUUACCAAACUGUUUACGUACGUAUCGUCAAUGCCACUGUUCUCGUAUAAGAGUUCGCAAAAAAAAAAAAAAAAAAUUAUCAAGAGAUAUACACGCAAGUAAGAUAUAAUUGUUUAUAUAUGAAGAGAGCAAUAAAGAGAAAGAGAAUCACGCGCCUACGGCAUCGGUGGGUGCAUCGAUCGAUCAAGGCAGUACAAGUGAUAAACUGGAACCUUCCGCGUACGAGGACACCGCGUGCGAGUACAUAUGUUUAUCGCUCGUUCGACCCGACUGAUGCCCGUUUGUAUGAUGUCAGACUCUAUCUUUGGUGCACGGAGUAGAUGACCACAGCAUGAACGUGCUCGCGUGCGCGAAACCUUGUGGGGAGGGUUGUUGGACCCUUGGAUCUCUGGAUUCUUGGAUUUCUUGGGUUCUCUCGCGUCUCCAAUAGAUUCUUGAAUUGUUGAGCCUCUCGAGCUCUAUUCGCUGGAUUUUUGAAAUUAUUUCUAAGGUUAUUUUUUUCUUUAAUCUUAUUCGAAAAGCGUUUUCGAAAAGUGAAAUUUUUUUUACGUUUAAGUCUUUAGAACUGUUUUGUAUUUUAUGCAAUUUUCCGUCAUUAAAUUCUUUAAGUUGCUCAACCCAAAAUGAUAUGAAACAUCGUAUUUUCAUGUUUUGAGGAAUAUCAAUUUUUCGCGAUUAUAAAUGUGUGAAUUCUUUAAUUGUGACAUGACGUCUUGGAUUGUUGCAAGAAGAUGGGAAAACACAAAUCAUCAGAUACGAAAAUUGCGUCAGAAACUAUAAUAAAAGCGACUUCAUUUUACUCGUUUAUUAUCACUCGUUUAUUUGGGAAUAAUCUUUUUCUGGCCAAGAGCAUUGCGUAGGCAUCAUGGAAUAGUCGAUAAAAUUUUCAGAAACAGUUAUCAUACGAGUGCGAGCGCGUCAAUGCCAUCAUAACGCUAGCAAUCUUAUCUCUCUUGGGCAGAUUAAUGAGAGAAGAGUGCAUUGAUUACAUUAAAAAGACAUCCGCUCCAGCCUCUCAUUAAAAAUAGAAACGGUCGAAUGCACGAGCACAAUAUAUUCCCGAGAUCCGGAGAAGAAAUUAAAUAGCAGUUGGAAAAAUAAAAUUCACUGCGCGAACUUACCUGAGAAAACAACGCGCUUUUGUUAAUUGUGCUCUUGAGCUUUUAUCAAUUUGCGCACACACAACAUGUAAAAAGACGUCUUGUGUGACGAAAUUAUCGCGCGUACUGAAAUAAAGCGGUUGAUUAACGUUAAAAAGUGCUGCACGAUGUUGAUAUGCGAAGUACGUAAUUGAUGAAUAAUAAUUGAUCCGCAUCUAUUGAGCGAACCGAGGAAACCGUACACAGCAAAUAGCUACUUCUUUACACUACUCGCAAUUAUUCAUACUUCAGUCCUAUAACACAUUUAGACUGUGUUCUCCGUAUUUAAACAGCUUUUUUUAUUCUAUUUUACUUUGACGUAUUUUCUAUAUUUACUUUUUUCACCGAAGAACACGCGUAAUUUCAGCGCUGGCCAUUUCCGUGAUAAUUUUUGGCUCGUGAAGUUAUAUAUUAGCUUUGCUAAAUAAAGCUAGAUGUAAAUAUUUGUCUCAACAUUUUUAAAAUAUCUAAUUUAAAAUAUGUGAUACAUAUAGUGAGUGUAAUAGACGAAAGAAAAUUAUACUACAUCAGAUAUCAGGAACCGUUGAAUUUUCGUUGAUUUCGGAAACUCUUCGCAGAGAUAUCUUUUAGAUAUAUAAAGAUAGCUUAGAUUUCUGAAUUGUGACGUUUUGAUCUAAUUGAUUCUAAGGUGUAAAAUCCUGUUUCGCUUGACAACAACGUUGUAGAGCGUAUCAUUCGUUUGCGCAAACCUGUGCACCGAUUUGUCACCAAGUGCCAACACAAUGCACAAUAUAAAUUUUGAUACGAAAUUACCCGAGAAGAAAGAAAUCACCUUUAGUCAUGACUUAAUUGGGGCAACUUUUUAAUCCUUCCUCGCAUAGUCCACCUCAAAAUGUCAACGUUGCUUAUAAUUGCACGCCAUUAUUCGGAGGAAAAAAGUGAAAGGAAAUACAGUUUUUUUCCCCCCAGAAUUACGAGUUAAAUAUUUAAAACUUGGUGGGGAAAACACGAAAAAAAAAACGGGGAAAUGAUGACAUGAUAAAGAACCCGGUGAAUCCAUUCGAUAUUAAUAUUCAAGAUGCCGGCGAUUAAUAGUAUCGAUCAUGUGGAAGGCCCUUUUUACGCCUCAUUGCUAUAGUUCUCACGCGCGAUCUUAGUGAUACUAUUAAUAUUCAAAAUACCGAGACUGACAUCGAUCGAACGUGCGCCAAGGAACUCUUUUCUCGAUACGGCAGUGUCGCUGUGGCGUAAUGUAUAUCUCGAGACACCGGUCGUAUGAAACGUACAAGUGUACACAAUACGUGCGUCUGCACACACGUAAAGCGCGUGUGCCUGCCGUCGACGGAUGAGUCAUCGCGCGCGUGUUGCGCGUUGCACGCACGAUGGCGCAGAACUUCCUUUUUUUUUUUCUUUUUCCGUUAUUGCCAAUAGCCAAUAUUGCAUACGAGUGCAUACUAGCAGUCCGAGGAAUCUGGAAAUUGACGAUUCGAACAGUUCCAGAAUCCGGCGGGGGGGGACUUUCGCUUGCGUACGGUGGCUUUCUGAGGAAUUUGAAACUCGAAAAUUUGCAAGGCUUCCAUGUUUACGGAUAUAAGGCUGUAAAAAUGUCAUGGAUGUACAAAACUCUAAUUAAUAAAAUAUGUGUCUUACGUGGAAAUUAAAGAUGAAAUAUGCCGAAGUUGCAUUUAAAUACAAAUGUGUGAAGUAAAAAUGUAACACAAAAAUUGCAAGAUUACAACAGAUGACUUUUUUUCAAUUAUCUUUAGCAAAGAUUUUAGCACAAAUCAAAUUAAAAAUUAAAUUGAAAUUUAAAAUUCAACGAAUUGUUUAAAAAUAAAAAAUUGAAAUUGAAGUAAAACGAAGUAAAAAGGCGAUUUAUAUUGAGAUAGAGGUCCACUUGAAAUUAAAUAUUGUUUUACAAGUAUCUGGGAUAAAAAUAAUACAUUAAUGUAGCAUGCUUUUUAAAUAACUUGGACAUUUUUAAGAUGCUCGAUCAAAAUUUCAUGAGUCUGCUUGAUGGAUUUUCUUGAUGGAAUUGAUGGAAGAUUUAUCUGAAAACUUUAUAAGAGUUAAAUUCUAUUCGUGGAUACGAGGGUAUCAACUUUAUAAUGGCAAAACUGACGUAAUGGUAAAACUCUGUCAGGACUAACAGGCACAUUUUUCAUCAAAAGUUUUCAGAAAAUUGUUUCCCUGAAGGAAGAUACAAAGGCACACUGUGUGCCGUUUUUUUGCUUAUGCUUCCAAAAGAGAACAGAAGGAGACAGCAAAAGUAUAUGAAAUGCUGAGCAUCAUAUUUUAAAAUAAUCAAACUCUGAAAAAUUUCUUGAAGUAAAUUAUUUCCUGCAAAUAUCAGGCGUACUUUUUACGUGAAUCGUAUACGUUUCAAUAAUUUUUUUUUUCCCCAGCAAAAUUAAAGUUUUCGAGAGCUUGCUCUCCCUCUUUUCUUUGGCUCGCGGAAAUUUCGAAACAGACGCGCAGACAACGGAAAAGGAAUCUUCGGAUUGUCGCAUUUCAUGCUACUUUCUAAACAAAAAAAAAAUAAAUUUUUCCCCGGGAAAGAAAAACUAGCUCUCUAAAGGUUUAAAAAUCGCGUGUUCACGAUAUGUGCGUUAGGUUUGGUAUACGAGGGGUUAAAUUACGCUCCUGCGCAGAGCUCCGGCGGUGACCCCCGUUCUCCGCCGCGCCGGCAGCGUUCUCCACUCUCCUCGAAUGUUCUCCGCUCUCCUCGUCGCCGGCGGACUCCUCGCCGUCGUCGUCGCGUACCGCGCGCCGGCGAGCCAGGCCUUCCUCAGUCUUCGCUCGCCGGCCGUUGGCAGGGGAUCCCGCAUCGAUCGCGCUCCGGCGGCUGUGUAGAUCUCCCCCGUGUGUCGUACACCUCGCGCAUUCCCCGCAGGGAGUAUGUCGGCCCGACGACGUGAGCAUCGCGUCACGGCCCCCCGGGUCCGCGCGAUCGCGCUCUCUUGAGACGUCGGUCCCGACGACGUUCCGCGUCCGUCUCACCACGUUCCUUCUCCCUUUCUUAUCCUCCCUUCCUUAUCCCCCUCCCUCCCCUCCCAACCAUCCCUCUCCUUGUUCCUUGAUCCUCGAUAAGAUCGCUCACUCGCGGACGGUAUCGCGUCGAGAGAGCGUGCACGUAACCUGGGGGCAGCUCUCUCGGAUGUAAGAUUCUCCGAAUUUCCCCGAACGUGUGCCGACCGAGAGAACUGGGACGCUCGCGGAUCAGCCGGAUCUCUAAUAGCUCCAUCGUACCGGAUUCCUCGGCUCCUGGAUAUGUAGAUGCAAGCGCCGACCGCAGGACCGUGCCACGACGUAAGUCCCAUCGACGUGAACUCCAACAAUAACCAUCACCACUACCACCACCACCACCACGGGCACAAUCAGCACGAUUCUCGGCCUCAAGACCGAAUUCCAUCGUCCUCCUCGAUGUCUACCUUGCUAUGCUGCGAGCCAGUAUCGGCUGGCCGGCCUCGGGCCAAUCUGAAGCUCGUGCUGAACCGCAGCCUGAGCGAGCCAGGACCGAAUCCCUGCGCCUUCCCAGCACCGCCGACCCCCUCGCCGAUCGCCGUUAACAAUAUUAACAACAACGGCAAUCCCACCGAACCACCCACGAUCGUGAUCAACGAGGAGGUAAACGGCGACGACGAAGACGACAACGACGUUCACCGUCGUGGCUUCCAUCAUCUUCACUAUCACCAUCACCACCACCACCAUCAUCUUCAUCACCUUCAUCAGCACCUGUCGGUGACCACGAAGCGUUGCAAACUGGAGACUGCCAGCCUGCCCACCAGCCCCUGCGCCGAGAACGGCCUUCAUCGCCAGCUAGUGCUAAGCAAAACCCGCGUCAUCACCGCCGGCGACCUCGCCCAGCGUCUCGUGCAUCUCGACCGGCCCUCCGCCGUUCCGCCAGUGAUUCUGGAUUGCAGACCGUUUAUAUUGUACAACGUCAAUCACGUACGCGGUGCCAUCAACGUCAACUGCUCGGAUCGUUUCAACCGGCGCAGACUCCAGCUGGGGAAGGCCACUCUCGCCGAUCUCGCAACCGUUCGCGAGGGCAAAGAGCUCCUCAGGAAGAGACAGUUCAAGGAAGUCAUAGUGUACGACGAUUGCACCGACGAUCUGGAACAUUUACCCGCCCAGCAUCCAUUGUUCCUGGUACUUGCCGCUCUCGUCGACGAUGAUCUGGAACCGGCUCUGCUGAUCGGUGGACACCGGGAGUUUCACAGGCGGCACCGAGAGCUGUGCGAGGACACGCUUCUGCCGAACGGAGCCGCCGCCGCCGCGGCCGCGGCCGCCGCCGUCGCCGAUCCGACGGCGACGACGACGGUGAGCGGCUGCACGAGUCCUGGUCCAGGUUGCCCCGUGCUGAGCAUCUCCGGCCCGCCGACCCCGCAGCCGGCCGACAUCGACAACCACCCGGCGUCCCGCGUGCUGCCGUUCUUGUAUCUCGGUAACGGCAGGGACGCCGCCGACCUGCAGCUACUGCGCGCCCUCGGCGCCACCCGGGUGCUGAACGUCACCUCCCAGCUGCCCGGCUACCACGAGGAGCGGGGUAUCACGUACAGGCAGAUACCCGCCUCGGAUUCCGGCCAUCAGAACCUUAAGCAGUACUUCGAGGAAGCGUUCGAUUUCAUCGAGGAAGCGCGGAAGGCCGGAAGCAGCGUGCUGGUGCACUGUCAAGCUGGUGUGUCGCGCAGCGCAACAAUCGCGAUCGCUUACAUAAUGCGGCACAAAGGCCUGUCGAUGGUGGAGGCGUACAAGCUGGUGAAGAACGCGCGUCCGAUCAUCAGUCCGAACCUGAACUUCAUGGGUCAGCUGUUGGAGCUCGAGCAGGGUCUGCGGGCGUCCGGCGACGUCGCCAACUCCGCGCCGGAGGAGCCCACGACGGCGACAGCAACGUCAACGACGACGACGACGACGACGACGUCGUCGACGACAGCUACCACGACGGGUAGUUGUCACCAGUGCAGGUGGAGUCAUCAGCCUAGCAGCGAAGAGGUAGUCACCUCUGGCUGCAGCGUCUGAGACCGGGCUCCUCUCUCAUGUAUCUUUUUCUUCUGGUCUCUUUCGAGAGUACCGGAUCGUCGGCGACGGCGUCGGUGCGUCGCGAGGACGCAAACAUAUCCCGAGAGAUUAUCGAGAGCGAUUCUCCUUCCUGCGUCUCCUCGCGACAAACUCGGACAAUGAACGAACGUAAUUCGCAGUAUUGGCCGACCGUCUCCGAAGAUACUGGAUUCAAUCAUAGGAAGAUUCUGUAAACAUGAACAAUGAUGCCAUCGGCAUCCUUUCUUGAAAUCCCGGAAACGCGAAUUUGCGAAAUUUUCAGUUUUCUCAAACUUCACGUCGCACGACGGAAUUGUCGCGUUUUUACCUCAGGCUCUUCAGCCUAAAAAUUAUUGGUCCUUAAGUUUUUUUUGUAAGAUUAGUACGUCUUUUUCCCCCAGAUUCCGUGCCUUCGGGACGACCAUUCAAUCGAAAAUGGUAAAGUCAAACUGCCGAACUAAUAAAAUCGCGACUUAUUAAAGGACUCGAAGGAACACAAAUGUGUGAAGAAGGAACAUUGUAUUUUUACGAAAGAUGAACUAUCUCUAUGAAUAAUUAAAUUAUUAUUCUCUAUUAGAGAGUGCCACGUACCAAAAUUAGUUAUAUGUUCUACACGCAAAAUAAGCUCGAAACGUUACAAAUGCGAUGUACCUUCUUCAUACGUAUAUCCAAGAAAAAAGAAAUAGUUACAGAAAGUUUCUCUAUGGAGAAAAGCGUAAAAAGCAGGGAGCGUAUUUUUACGUGAGAAGAAUUUGAACACGCUCGCUUCCAGCUUUGAAUCGAAUGAUUAUUUAUUUUUCAAAUGACGUUCGCACGAACGGUGAACAUAACUUGUACUUACGACACACAGUGUUCCAUAAUACGCCUGGUCGAGUCAAUAGGGAGGCAAGUGAAACGCAUGCAGAAUGUGCUCGCCUACGAGCUUCUCAUUAAAUCAUUGAUUGUCGUCCGGUAUUGUUUAUGCAAGAGGAAGGAAGAUGCGAAAUCGGCGGAAGUGACUGUUCCAAUGAUUAAUUAUAGGCAGCUCGUAACAUAAAAAGAAACUCAGAACGAAACAUUGGAAAUUUGUUCUUAUAGUUUCAAAGUUUGAUUAAUGACGUUGAUUAUUAGAGAGAAAUCCGCGAAUCUCUAUUAGUGAAAUAUUAUUUAACAUUACAUAGACAUAUAUUUUAACAUUUCAUAUUAACAUGAUUAUUCAUAAAUUAGUAGCACUGUAAUAUAGGUACAACCUAUAUCAAUAGAGGGGGCGAAGGGCAGUUUAUCAAAUUAUCAAUAUAAUACACAAAAAAUAAGUCAAAAUUGGUGAAAUCUUAAAUCUUCCUGCUAGGCAUAACACUUUCCAAUCAGUAAAACGUGCGCUUGCCUCUCAAUUGAUUUCUUGCAAAUCAGGCAUGAAUUUGUAGAAGAAUUAUUUUCUCUAUGAAGAAGAUAAUCAUCGACUCAACAUGUACAGGGUAUCACGAGGGCAAUAGAAUCGAGAUUUUAGUCUCUCAACUAAAAUGGUUAUGUAGUAAUGGAGUCUCAUCUCAAAUAAUUUUAUUGUUAUAAUGUACUUUUUGUUAAGUCACGUUAAUGAGUAAUGACAAUUUAAUUAAUUUUCAAUGUGGGAUUGAUAAACAUGAUAGAUGCGACUGCACGUUCUGAAGAAUUGAGUUUAGAGAUCUUUUCUGAUGCAAAAACAAUAUUCCAAGAGAAAUAUUAUGUACUUUUAUAAUAUUAAUUGUUUUUAGCUAACAUUUUAUUUUGUGUGGACGAGUAAAGAAUUAUUUUGUGUCAUUUUCAAAAGCUUUUAUCUAGAAAUGUGUUUAAUAAAAAAUGAAAUGUGAUGAGCGAAAAAAGCGAUUUUUUUUUCAAGAACGCGCAGUUUUCCUAUUUAUACAAUAUUAUUCAUAGUAUUUGCCUAUUCAUAUAUAGCAUUUUUUAAUUGUACUAACAAUGUAGGACAAUCUUGCUGUGCAAUAUUACGGAAACAAAUAAAUGGAAAUGUAAAAUCCAAGCAGGAGGCAACAGCAUUGCACAAAAUUUGUUACGUGUUGCGUGAUCUUUCAGAGAAAUAUUUCACCAAUUUUUCUAUGCUAUGCGUAUAUUUCUUUCAAGAUAUAAAGAUAAGGUUUUUUAUCUUAAAAAAAAAAAACUUUAGCUGAUAGUAAAGACCAAUUAAUGAGUUUGUUUAUUUUGUUUUAUUUUCAAAUAAAAUACAAUUGUUUUAACUUUUUAUUUUAUAAUGAAAUGUUGAUAUUUGAAAUAAGAGAGAUUGUAAAUUCUAUGGUAGGCAAAUACUUUUGAGGUAUAAUAUAUUUCUUCUCUCGAGAUACCCUGUACAUCAGCAUCACGGAAUGUUAAUUUAAUGGUGGGUCUUCUGUGGAAGAAACGAACUGUUUAUUAAAUAAAAUUGAAAUGAUCAUUAAUUAGUUAACACAUUCAGCUGAAUUAAAGAAUGAUAAUGAAGGAGGAAAAGGGAAAAAGAGAGCGCUAAGAAGAUAGGAGAGAAGAACAUGGGUACAAUAAAGCGAAUCGAUCGAGACUAUUAAUCGAAAGCGAGGAAGUUCGCCUGUCCGUGUCCGCAUUUUGCGAAUGCAGCGCGAUUGAUAUUUGAUAGAGAAGAAAUAAUAAUAUAUCGUUCACUGAGAAUAGCUUAGUUCGUUAAGCUCCCUUAGCAUUUAAGGAUCUGGUUGAGGUCCAACCAUCGUGAUCUAGUCGUUUGUUGGGAUGCGAAUGAGGCGAGACGCGAAGCGCGAAGAUGCUCUUGUAGUUUACAAUAAAGGGGAGAGAGUAAUGAUCGUAAUUGCGCGGAGAACAUGUAAUUAUUAGACGAUAAGAUGCAAGGAAUUUUUUGUGAGGAUAGGAAUCGAAGGGUUAGUUCUAGUUGGAUUUGUACAUGAGCGCUCCAUGCACAUUUAUCCAGACAAAUCACUCUUAAAGAUACGACCAAACACGCGACGCAAGCGAGUUGCUUCCAAAGCAAAAGUCAGCUUUUACAGCUCGGUUUGCAGUAUAGACGAGAAUUGUACCGCCGUGCAGACAACAAUCUCGCAGUUCGGCCAACGAAAUAUCAUGCGGUCGCGGUGACGCCUUGUUUAACGACUUAAUUACACAGCCGACAAUAACUUCGUGAUGAAGCUAGUAUCGCGAAUCGCGGGAGAAGGUUGCGAACGACGAAAGGAGGUGAAGAGAAAGAACCAAGUUCCUUAGAGACUUUGUCUACGACGAUGAAUUCGGUUAAUUAAUUCAAUCUUGAAACAAAGAAAAAAACGGUACAUAUCAGCGAAGCGUUGCCUUGCGAUAAACGACAGAGAACUGAAAAAAAAAUAGUCGUAGAGAAGCGCACGGUGUAGACAAACGAUUUAAACAAUUAGUUACCUUGCCAGCUAUCGAGAGCGGAGAAGAGAGGAUUGAUAUAGAAGCGUAGUACCUGUUGCAUCAUAAAAUGUGUAUGUAUUAUUUCGAGACACUGGCAAUAAUUAGUACGACGACUUAUGAUAAAUCACGGUCCUUCAUUAAUCAAACGGCAGCGUAAUCAAAAUGAUUAAUUAAUCAGUCAUUUGGUCCUGUAAGUCUUUGAAACGUAAUUUAUUUUCCCUUGAGGUUCGUUGUAGUAAAUGGAUGGGACUGGAGAAGAAAUCGGAUUUUUAAGAAAUGCACUCAUUAAUACUUCGUUUAUUUUGUUGAUCUUUCUGCUCGGGGAAAAAACACGAAAUGUAAUUUUUAAAGCAACAAGGAUUUUUUUAUUUUAAUCUGAUUCAACUUCCAGUUCCAUUCACUUUUUUUAUUGCAUAUUUAUUAAUAAAUUUUAUUUAGUCUUAAAUCCACAAUUGACAUUUUUGCUUUAAUUAAAAUUAAAAUUGUAGUCUUCUUGGGAAAUAAUUUUAUAUCAGUCACGAAAAGUUUUUUCGCGAUUAAAUAAAUACACUUGAUGUGUAAACGAUUAAACUGACAAAUUAUUUAUUGCACGUCGUCGUAUCUGCUUAUUGUUAAUGAAGGGUGUGUGCGAAGGGUCGCUUGCCCUUUCGAGAUGUUUGCGUCUUUUGGAGAUUCUUGCGAAUCAAUUGAUAUAUUUCUCUUUAAACGCGACACAAAGUAUUUUAACGAAGUUUUAUACAACGUUUUGGAAAAAAAAUCACACGUAAAGCUUUACUAAUCGAACUAUUCCCGGAGGUUUUUUAGCGGAAUAAGUUACGAUAAUGAGACAAACGAAUCGAAGGAUCAAAGCGUACAUUUCGAAAGGAUGAGAGUGAAGGGUGGACGUAUGAAAAAAAAACCGGGAUUGAUUUAAAGGUGGGAGAGACCAAAGGUUUGUUCGCGUCGCAUGCUCGAACAUACCUAUUUGCCUCAACGCGCUAACUGAUUAAUGCGAUUGAUCAACGAGCGCUUUGAAGCAAAUAGGAGUAUGUUGGAGCAUGCGACCUGAACAAAUCCCAAGUGUAUGAUCGGAUCCCAACGAUUUGUAAUGUACAGCUACGUAGUGAUUAGGAAAACAUUAGCGUAAAGAUGUAAACUAUAUUGCGUAUGUGCGUGCAAGUAUUGUAUUAUAUUAAAAAUUUAUUUAGUUAUUUUAUGAAUAAAAAUGCAAACUCUUUUUGCCGAUUCACA